GGGUCUGAAUAAUGGUGUUCAGCUUUCCACCUGGCAUUAAGGCACUGGGAGAUGAAACACAUCCAGUGACGUUGUUUCUGAGCGUCAGUGUGUGACGUCCUGCCUUCAUCACUCCAUCUUCAUUCAUUCAUUUGAAUGAAACAUGUUUCCUUCGUGCUAUUCUAAGCCCAAGAAUGGCUCUCAGUUUAAGAUGUCGUACACUAAAGUGUUGUUUGGGGUGUUAGUGGUCUAUGUGCUCCAUACGUGCUGGGCCUUAUACAGCUUCGUGCACACGAAAUCCUGUGACAGCACUAAAGGGGAUGACUGCGUUACAUCUUAUCUGAGUGCCAAACCGCGGCUCCAGCUGAGCGUGUACUCGACGCUGGAUCCUAGUGAUGAGUCUGCACACACACUCCUGCUCAAAAUGGACAAAUUUGAAGUCCAUACCAAGCUUGAAAGGCAAGUGAAUGUGGCAUUGUCUGCACUGAAUCCAAAGAAUGGGACCCUUCAUGCCAUGGUGUUUGUACAUAAGAGUGGAAUUUCACCAUGGAAAGACAGCAAGUACGUGCGAAUUGUGGCUCGUUUGACCUCUCAGAUGUCCCCAGUUCCUCCUAUGGGCAUUGCUGGCUCUGCCAAACAGACUCCGAAGAAAACAGAAGAGCAAAAUGUCAUGUCCUACUGGAAAUCCCGCAUCACUCUAAACAUGAUGACAGAGGACUUCACGUUCAAUAAUGCAGCCGUGCCCAGUGACCUGCGCAGAUACAUGAAAAUAGUUGAAGAUGGAAAGAAGGACAAAAAGAAAAUGUAUCUUCCUCUUUUACUUGUUGAUGAAAUGAGGAGCAGACUGAAGGAUUUAAUCGAGAUAAACAGCACCACAAAAGCGGUCCCACUCACCAUAUCAUAUGAUACGAUAACACUCCAUAAAUUUAGAAUGUGGAUCCAUAUCCAAGCUGUCAUAUACUCACUCAAACAUUUCGGAUUUUCAGAACAAAGACUUGAUGAAAUUAAAGCCAUGUUUGUUGAGACCGGCCUUCACAUUUUGGUUUUGUCAAUCCUGGUACCUGCGUUCCAUCUCUCAUUUGAAGUAUUUGCCAUGAAAAAUGAUGUGAGCUUUUGGAGAGGGAAAAUGAGUUUAGCAGGCAUCUCCAGGCGAUCAGUGAUCUGGAGGUGUUUCAGCACUGUUGUGAUCUUCCUCCAUCUGCUCGAAGAGCAAACCAGCUGGCUCACCCUCAUCCCAAUGGGAUUUUUAGCAUUAAUUGAGCUGUGGAAAGUCAGCAGAGUCUUUGCGGUUUGGCCCAGUUUUAAAGAUGAUCGAGCAGAUGACUUGGAGCGAGCAACAGAAGAACAUGAUACGAGGGCAAUGAAAUUCUUGUCAUAUUUAAUGUAUCCUCUGUGCAUCAGUGGGGCCAUAUACUCUUUCACAUAUCUCAGAAAUAAAAGUACCUGGUACUUUUGGAUCAUCAACAGUCUUGUCAGUGGAGUCUAUGCAGUUGGAUUUCUGUCUAUGAUCCCUCAAUUAUUUGUCAAUUACAAGAUGAAAUCAGUUGCCCAGCUCCCCAUGUCCGUGUUACUCUACAAAGGGUUAAACACAUUUAUAAGCGAUAUAUUUAGUGGCAUUAUAACUACUCCUGGACCACAUCCACUGGCUUGUUUCAGAGAUGAUGUGAUCUUUCUCAUUUACCUCUACCAGCGCAAGAUUUAUCGUGUGCACAAAUCUAAAGGUCGCGAUUAUGCAUCACACAGGAAGAAACCUAAAGGGAAAUCACACGAGGACUAAAUGGGUGCAUUACAGGAAUCAUAGCAAGAGCUUAAGCUUCAUGCAUGCUAUACUAGAGAACAUCAAAUGUAUAUACUGAAGAAGACUGAAGCUUUUCUCCAAGGACAAAAGACAGUCCCUCAAGUGUUCAGCAUGAAGCUUUUCUAAAGCUCAAGUGUAAUUUUGGUACUGCAUGACAAGUUUUCUACUGAACCAGGCUUGGAGUUUGUGCUAUUUCAUCUCCUUAAAUGUAAUGUGAUCACCUUGAUAGACGGAAGGCUUCAGAAUAAGAACACCUGCCACUGUAAGGACUGGAAUAUUAUAUCACCUUAUCUAUGCUCCAAUGACCUGCAAAAUUAACUAUGAACAAAAUCUAAGCAGGUAGCCAUACCUAUGGCCAAAGCCACAUGGGCCUAAGCAUUCAGCUACAGCUCAGGAGUCUAGUAUUUCUCCACGGCCUACACGUUGAGUAUUAUGAGGCUAUUUUAUUUGGUCUGCUUUACUGUAGCAUGGAGAUUGUAGUGCUCAAAGGCUGCCUUUGUCUGCUGUUAAAUGCUGUGAUUUACACACUGCUACAGUGUGUAACUAGAGAAAGCUUUGUUACCGAGGUCGAUGCCAAUCUGUCAUGUGCAGAAUAAAUAGUGCUGUACCUUUUUUACUUAUGAAAAGUAAAAUGUUUCAGUACUGUAUUUAUUGAAAAUGUUUUACAUAAGUUUAUGUAAUUUAUUCUAAUCUUGAACAAAUUUCAGGAUUUCUCAGAAUUUAAAAUAU